GUUUUCUCGAGUGUAGAUCUAAUCUCGAUCUGAUGAUCAGUCUCAAGCUCCGGAUCUCCCAUCAUCCUCUUCCCGAAAAGCCACCUUGACUCCUUGUCCUCCCCACCAUGCCAGCUCCACCCGAAUUCAUCAAGUUCGUCGACAACAACUCGUCCGCUUUCAUCGAGCGCCUGCGCGCGGCGGUCGCGAUCCCCUCCGUAUCUGGCGACCCGAGCUUCCGGCCGCGUGUUAUCGAGAUGUCCAACUGGCUGAACGGGCAGCUGCAGCAGUACGGUGUCACGACGAAGCAGGUCGAUCUCGGGACCCACGUCAUGGACGGCCAGACGCUUCCGCUUCCGCCUGCGAUCCUCGGUCGGAUCGGCGACGAUAAGAGCAAGAAGACGGUGUUGCUGUAUGGCCACUUUGACGUGCAGCCGGCAGCGAAGAGCGACGGAUGGGACACGGAUCCGUUCGUUUUGGUCGAGGAGAAGGAUGGGAGACUCGUCGGGCGCGGCAGCACGGACGACAAGGGCCCGAUCUUGGGAUGGCUGAAUGUCCUGCAGUGGCAUCACGAGACCAAGACGCCGCUGCCCGUGAAUCUGCUCUUUUGCUUUGAGGGCAUGGAGGAGAACGGUAGUGAGGGUCUGGAUGAGCUCGUCAUUAAGGAGAAGGAUGGCUGGUUUAAGGACGCUGACUGUGUUUGCAUCAGCGACAACUACUGGCUUAACACUCGGACCCCGGCACUCACGUACGGUCUGCGUGGGCUUGUUUACUUCAAGCUCAACGUCACUGGUCCUGGACGCGAUCUGCACUCUGGUGUCUUCGGACGUACGGUUCACGAGCCGAUGACCGACCUCAUCUCGAUCAUGUCUAAGCUCGUCAGCCCCACCGGUGAAAUCCUCAUCCCUGGCGUCGACGACAUGGUCAAGGCUGCCGAUAUGGAAGAGCGGGCCAUCUACGAGCAGCUCAACUACAGCAUUGAGGAUGUCGAGUCCGGUGCCGGGGGCAAGAUCGCAUUGUCCGACGACAAAGCCACCGUGCUUAUGGGCCGAAUGCGGCUCCCUUCGCUCUCGCUGCACGGUAUCGAGGGCGCCUUCUACGGCCCAGGUGCCAAGACUGUCAUCCCCGCCAAGGUCUCGGGCAAGUUCUCGAUCCGACUCGUCCCUCCUCAGACGCCCGAUUCCGUGGAGCCCCUCGUCAAGUCGUACAUCCAGAGCGAAUUCGACAAGCUCGGCAGCAAGAACACUCUGGAGAUCGAGCUUCUGCACAGCGGCAAGCCCUGGGUGACGGACUACAAGCACUGGAACUUCGCCGCCGCUAUCACCGCUACUGAGGAAAUCUACAAAACAAAGCCAGAUCUGACCCGAGAGGGAGGAUCGAUCCCUGUGACGCUGACGUUCGCCGAAGCGUUGGGCGCGAACGUGCUUCUGCUGCCGAUGGGUCGCGGAGACGACGGAGCGCACUCCACUAAUGAGAAACUUGACAAGAGCAACUUCAUUGAGGGUACGAAACUGCUCGGAACGUAUCUGUACGAAGUUGGUGCGAUCAAGGCGGAGGGCAAGUGAAUCGAAUAGUCGCAAAUGUACCUAGUAUCACAAUGUAUCAAAGCAGCCGAGAUUCUCGACUCGUGUAACUGCCUAACCAGUCCCCGUUGA